GCCAAAUUACUUGUACAUCAAGAUUUCCGGCCCAUUCGGAGUUGUGGUGGGUGUGGAAAGCCUGCCUGCUUGGUGAAGUCAUAACAAACCACCAACAUUCCAGCUCUACAGGAUUUUCAAGAGGUACAGUGUCAAGUGUCAAGGCUACGACUGGUUUCGUAGCCCGAAAGACGAUCGCAUCCGAACUGGUUGUUUGACCACCGAGCGGCGUCUAUUUCUCGGGUAUCUAUUCUUAUUUACUGAAUGGUCAUUUCAUUCGCAGAGGUCAAUCCCAGAGAACUGAACGAGCUACUGAACGGUACCAGCAGUGUACCAGCAGUCAGCAGAGUCAGCAGCAAUUAGCACUCCAACAGUCCUCUUUCUUCUCAAUAGCCCUGCCCAGUUCAUCCUCUCGGUAUUCCAUUAUUCUGUUAUCGACCAUCAUUGACACAAAACUAAAACUUUCAUUAUCUUUUUAUAUUAAUAACCUCCACGAUGGCCCUCUCUCUGAUCGACGCCAUGGCCACGACGCCAACGUUUGCUACCAGCAAAUCCGUGUUGGGAGAAGAAGCGCCGCUCCCUCCCGCGCCUCCUCGCAUCCCGAGAAAUGUGAUUCCUACCGCCGAACACGAUUCUUGUGUCAAGAACGUCCAUCAUGCCUCCUUGACGGCGCUACCCUCUGCCACUAAAACCAAGCCUUGUCCAAUAUUGACAUUGGGCGUCCAACAUCGUCGUCACAGUGCUCCUGCCAUGCUGGCCUUUCAGACCGCUUUUGCCAAAAUGAAGGAAAAGGGAAUGAGCGACAGUGGCAGGUCGCUGACUAGUGGCACGGCCAAUACUACCGCCAAGAAGGAACCCUCGGCCGCCAUGAGUAAACUCAAUUCCUUGUUCCCAACAUCUCCCGGAUCACUCCAAAAGGCAGCAAGACGUCGUCGACAAAAAGACACUACUGCCGGUCUAGGUCAAAGUAAGAAUGCUACCUUUAAGGGAGUUGGAAAGUCUGCCAACCUGGAUGCCCAACAAAUUUUGGCGGGCUUAAUGAAGGGGGCAGCGUCUUCUUCUGCUGCUGGUACAUCUACGUUUACCAAGACGUCAAGUUCUGGAAAACUGCUGCUGGGGCAUGCAGCGGGAAUGCCGCGAACGUCCAGUGGUGCCAGGCUUGUCAACAACAACAUGAGAAAAGUGCGAAGCUCGGGAUCAAUCCUCUUUUAGCCAUGUUUUUUCUUCCACGAUAGCUAGCUAGGUCUAGCAGUAGCCAAUUCAGACGGGAACGGGCGAGCUAAGACACCAACGUAAACCAAGACCGCCACUGAUCAACUAGCAGCAGUUGCCUCCGUAACAGCCAUCUCCCAACUGCCAUGUAAAACUAACUGCAUGCAUUCAUCCUUCCAAUUUCUGAUUAUCUGGUUUUUAUCUAGCUAGCACUUAGUUCCUUUCGAUUAAAAUGCUUAAUUCUAAGGUUUGUUUCUG